AGAAAGCCGAGAGAGUCCGUAAAGUUUAAAAGCAGUUAAUUAGGUUUGAAGCGGACAUUUUUCUAUUUAAGUCACUGCCGGUUUUAAUAAUAAGACUAUGUAAAGAAUUCGAAGCAAUGAUAGAAGAAACCUGAAACCUCUUAAAUCUUCAACAGGCAUGACUGUUAAACACCUCAUCUGAAUCUUACUAUCCAAUUAGAGUGAUGCUAAAAGAGUGGGUGACUGCAGUAAAAUGGACGGAGCAGAAAAUGCCUCUACAAAGAGAUACAAAGACUUGAGAAGCAGCAGUUCACACAAGAAGCACAAAAAACACAAAAGCAAGAGGAAGAAGAGGAACCGAGAGAAGGAGAGUAGUUCAGAGUCUGGGGCAGACCUGAAACGAAAAAAUAAACACAAGUCAAGAAGAGGAACACCAACGGAAAGAAAAGCUGAGCAAGGUGGGGAUCAUGAGAGUAAGUCCAGAUGCCGUAAGAAGCACUUAAUUGGAAAGAGGAAGAAGAAGAAAAGGAGGAAAGACGAUGAAAAUUCAUCAGAUACUGACUCUGCUUUUGUGUUAAAGCAUACUAAACUAAAACGACAGGAGGAGCUGCCUGAUAUAAUCCCAAAACAGGAAAACUCCAAUAAAGGAAUAGAAGACGAGGAAAGACGUGACAGACAGGGAUGCCAUUCAUCUUCACAUUCCUACUCCCAGUCACAUUCCUGCUCAGUGAAGAACUCUGACUCUAGGACUAGACACUACCGUCAAAGGUCUAGGACUUGCUCCCCAUCCAAUACACGAGGCCACAGGACACGCUCCAGCUCCUCAGAGAAGAAAGAUGUAGAAGAUGAAUCCUUUCAUUCCCACCAAUGGCCUCCAAACUGGCCCAAGCCACCUCAGGGUAACCUCAGCAACACUGAAGGUAAUAUAGAAGCAGAAGAGCUGACUGAGUCAAGAGUAAUAAAACGGCAGACCUCUAACCACAGUGAAAAGCCAGAAGACAUACAAAGAGAGGAAACAGAAAAACUAGCUUCUAGCGCAUCCAAGUCCAUGCCAAGCCACUCCAUAUCUGCUAAACAUUACCUGACCACUGAGCCUGGCUUCCUUCAGUGCAAGGCAUCAGAAAAGUCCUUUCCUGCGAAUGUGAAAUCUGCUGGAAAGAAAAGAAAAAAAUCACCACAGAAGAAAAAAGAGGAGAAGUCAUCAAAGAAGCAGAAAAAAUCCAAGUCACCACGUAGAGGCUACAAGAGAGAAUCUAGAUCCACAAGCCCUUCACUUAGGAAGAGAUCACGCUCAAGGUCAAGGGGCCGCAGGCCACGGCGGUCACACUCACGGUCAGUGUCACAAAGUCGGCGGAGGGUUGCAUACAGCCAGAGAGACCGUUGGAAACGUGAGCCGAGUCAUUCCCCUGUGCUGAUCCUACGCAAAAACAGAUCGCCCUCACGGAAACACGGCAGCUUGAGCAACAGCCCUCACCGUAUCAGUGAACUGGAUAAGGAGCAGUUGUUGGAAAUUGCUAAGGCCAAUGCUGCUGCCAUGUGUGCCAAAGCUGGUAUGCCUAUCCCUGCUAGCCUGAGAUCCUCAGUGCUUCCCCUGGCUCUGCCAACAAUGGCUAUGAAUGCUGCAAUGGCCAGUAUGACUGCUGCCACUGUGACAGCAGCCUUGACUAACAUUGGCACUUUGUCGUCACUGGUUCCACUGCCUUCCAUUAUGCAGAAGCCACCUGUUGCCCCUGCCCAACCCAACAUUGCUAAUUUGGAGGAGGUGAAAAGGAAAGUAGCAAAGCAAGCAAACAGCAUUAGCAUUAAAGAAUUUACUGAUAAAUGCAAGAUGAUUGCAGACAGUACAGAAGAGCUGCCAGUGGCAGUGCCUCAUGUUUCAGAUGAAGAGGAUGAUGAGAAACCUUUUGGAGGAUCAGCUCUACGAGAACCAAAAGCAAUCAGCUUCAGUGUUAAUAACUCAACAGUUCGUCCAGCAGUCCGCAGUGAUGCAGGCAUGGCCAAGGAGUUUCCAGUGUCUUCAGGAACACAGCAUCGUAAGAAGGAAGGAGAGGGACUUGGUGCUUAUGGAGAAUGGGUGCCAGUUGACAAAACAACCGAGAAGGCUGCCGUUGCAACAAAGGCCCAAACAAAUGUUCUGUCAGCACCACCCACCUCAUCAUCAUCAGGUGAAACGGCAACAGUUGUACAGGAAGUUAUUGAACAGCCAGCAUUUGUGACAAACAGUGACAAAGUUUUUCCUGACCCACAACUGCAGCAAGUAGACAUCACCCAGGCUGUAACUGAACGAAUCAAAGCUCAGAGGCGAUUGGCUGAGAACCCCUAUGAUAUCAGUGCCAUCCGCAUGCUCACCCGUGCACAAGAGCAGGUAGAUGCUUGGGCCCAAUCCAACACUGUUCCUGGUCUUUUUACUGGUUCAACUGGAGCCCAGAUCCUCAGCUCUGAGGAGCUCUCGACCAGUGGACCACAAGCAUGGCUGAAGAAGGACCAGUUUCUCAGGGCAGCUCCAGUGUCAGGGGGUGUCGGGGAGUUCCUGAUGAGAAAGAUGGGGUGGAAGACAGGCGAAGGCCUUGGAAGGAACCGCGAGGGUACUGUGGAACCCAUCGUUAUUGACUUUAAGGUUGACCGCAAAGGUCUAGUUGCUGAAGGAGAGAAACUACAGAAGCAAACUGGUGGACUAGUAGUAACCAAGGAUCUAAUGGGGAAGCACCCGGUGUCUGCUCUCAUUGAGUUGUGUAACAAGAGAAAGAUAAUGCAGCCAGACUUUGUUAUGGUUCAUCACAGUGGUCCUGACCACCGCAAGAAUUUUCUUUUCAAGGUCACAGUGAAUGGUGUGGACUACCAACCCCAGACAGCCAGUCCCAAUAAGAAGCACGCCAAGGCCAUGGCAGCCACAGUUGCCCUGCAAGCUCUGGGAGAGGUUCCUGUGGAUGGACCAGGACUCUACACUGGCCCUGUCUUCACUGCUGCUUCUACAGGCCCACUUUUUUCUACAUAGUCAUACACAAAUUGCCAAUUUAAUAUGGACCCUUUUCAAGGCAAACAUUUUGAUUUGUCACAGUGGGAAAGCCCAGGGCUCUGAAGGUGGUCCUGUGGUUUGUGCCAUUAUUCAUUUACUUUCCCAGUGUCACAGUGUCUACCUAGCUCCUUAAUUGCUUAAUCAACCAGGGUCAUGUGGCCAUAUUCUCCCACCCAUUGGGUAAAAGGCACAGGUACACCAAUCACACAGGGUACCCGAAAACAGACAACCAUUCAAGCUCACAUGUGUUUGUACUGUUAGAGAAAGCUAAAUACCUGAAGAAAAUGCCACACAAAAAGCCCCUGGGGAACCAACUGUUGUGAAGUAACGACAGCUACCACAGCACUACUACAAGGUCUUCUGUGAAAUGGUUUGUUUUAUAUAGUUUUAGUUUGUCACCAUAGUUGUUUUUUUCUUUGUUUUAAUCCCAGUGAUUAACCUGCCCAUUGUUUCCACUCUGGAGGCUCAUUUAUAUUUCAAGAACUACCACCUUAGGCACAUAACAUGAGAACUAUAAAAGCAGGUUCAGAGUACUUUGUGUCCUUUGCUGAUUGUGACCAAUGUUAUGCCUAUAAAACAUCACACCUUUUCUAAAGGUACUUGAAUGAUCACCUUGUUUGUUUUUGCAGGGGAUAGGAGUGGUAAAAAAAAAAAGUCAUCAUAGUAAAAGUGGAUGUGUGCAUGCGUGUUUGUACAUAUGUAUGACAAAUGUAUAGUUUAGUAGCAGUUUAGCCCUAUAUUCUAUUAGCUGACCAACACUUAAGUCCAACCCACAGCAGACAGUCUGCAGGACAUUUCUCGUGGUCACACAAAAGCAGAACCAAACUGGACUGUUAAGUGAAAAGUAUCUGUGAAUGACAGCUAACUCUUGUUAGUCUUUAUAUUACAUUGAUGACCUAAAUUUAAACAAAAAUGUUUCUCAUACAAGGCUGUCAAACUUUUAUUCUGGCCUUCUAAACAUAUGUAUACAGAAAUAAAGAUUAUAUUUAUGUUAUUUAGUA